GAAAGUUCGAAUUUGGAAUUUGAAAGAGGAUCGCCGUACAUAGACAGACGCAAAAUUGAACCAAAACAAUAACCAUGUUAAGGCCUACGAAGGGCAAAACCCCCCGGAGACCUGCGCCGAAGAAGCCUUACAACAACCAGAAGGACCCAGUUGGGGUGUACUGUCGUGUGCGCCCACUGAGCUGUGAUGAUGAGGAAUGCUGCAUUGAGGUGAUCCACAACACCACUAUUCAGCUCCACGCCCCAGAUGGCCUCAAGGCCAACCGGAAUGGGGAGUACAAGGAGACCCAGUAUUCCUUCAAGAGUUUUGGCAUCAAAACAACUCAGAUGGAGCUGUUUGAGGAUGUUUCCAAACCACUUGUGGAUGAUGUCAUUCAUGGCAAAAACGGUCUGCUCUUCACCUAUGGCGUCACUGGUAGUGGUAAGACCUACACCAUGACUGGCUCUGCUGGUCAAGGUGGCCUCCUCCCCCGCUCACUGGACAUGAUUUUCAACAGCAUCGGCCCAUACCAGGCGAAAAGAUUUGUGUUCAAGCCUGAUGAUAAGAAUGGCAUGGAGAUUCAGAACCAGGUAGAUGCCCUCCUGGAGAGGCAGAAAAGGGACAGCCAGCAGAACGUUCCAAAAACUCCAUCCUCACGGCAGAGGCUAGACCCAGAGUUUGCGGACAUGAUCCGGCCGGAGGAGGCCUGCAAGGCGGACGGGGUGGAUGAGGACAGCAGCUACAGCGUGUUUGUGUCCUACAUCGAGAUUUACAACAACUACAUCUACGACCUCCUGGAAGAGACGCCUGUUGACCCUUUAAAAGCCAAGUGGAACAGUGGAGGCACUCCCCUUCGGAGCAACACUGAGUUUAUACCACCCCAGUCUAAAAUCCUGCGCGAAGACCAGAACCACAACAUGUAUGUGGCCGGCUGCACAGAAGUGGAGGUGAAGUCCACCGACGAGGCUUUUGAUGUCUUUUGGAAAGGUCAGAAGAAGCGUAGGAUUGCCAACACUCAGCUGAACCGCGAGUCCAGCAGGUCUCACAGCGUGUUCAUCAUCAAGCUGGCCCAGGCUCCUCUGGAUGCUGAUGGAGACAAUGUGCUACAGGAUAAGAACCAGGUGACUGUGAGCCAGCUGUGUCUGGUGGACCUGGCGGGUAGUGAGCGGACCAGCAGGACUCGAGCCGAGGGAAGCCGCCUCAGGGAAGCAGGUAACAUCAACCAGUCCCUGAUGACCCUGCGGACCUGCAUGGAAGUUCUCCGAGAGAACCAAAUGUGCGGCACGAACAAGAUGGUGCCGUACAGAGACUCCAAAGUGACUCACUUCUUCAAGAACUACUUUGAUGGUGAAGGCAAAGUCCGAAUGAUUGUCUGCGUCAACCCCAAAGCCGAUGACUAUGAGGAGACUCUGCUGGUCAUGCGCUUUGCAGAGAUGACCCAGGAGGUGGAGGUGGCGCGUCCGGUGGACCGGCCCAUCUGUGGCUUCGCUCCCGGCCGGCGCCAGCGGAACUUGGCCUUCAAGGACGAGCUGAGUCGCCGCCUGGAGGAGCGUGGUGGUCCCAUUGACACAGAGAUCCCAGCGGCUCUGAACCAGCUGCUGCAGAGCUUCCCCCCGCUGCCCCCGUGUGAGAUCAGCGACCCCUCUGACGACCAGACGCUGCGGCUCAUCGAGGCGCUGGAGAGGAGGCACCGCAUGAGGCAGUCCAUGAUCGAGGAGUACAACCGGACCGCCAACAUGCUUAAGUCCAUGCUGCAGGAGAUGGACGGCAGCCUCAUGAACAAGGAGAACUACAUCCACCAGCAGCAAGGCCAGCUGGGGGAGAAGGACAAGUGCAUUCAGGACCAGAAGAGCGAAAUCGACCGCCUGGAGAAGAAGGCAAAGAUGCUGGAGUACAAGAUCGACAUCCUGCAGAAGACAACCAACAUCUACGAGGAGGACAAGCGCACCCUGCAGCACGAGCUGGAGAGCCGUGAGCACCGGCUCGCCCGAGAGCAGUCGGAGAAGAAGCGCAUGGAGGCCCGCAUGCAGGGCAUGGUCUACGACACCAAGCUGCAGUGGGAGAAGGAAUGCGAGAGGCGUGUGAAUGCCAAGCAGCUGGAGAUGCAGAACAAGCUGUGGGUGAAGGACGAGAAGCUGAAGCAGCUCAAGGCCAUCGUCACAGAGUCUCGUCCUGAGAAUCCCCCAGCACGCCCAGAGAAACCAUGGCGUCCCUGGCGAGGGAGAAAGGACCGCCUGCGCCAAGCUUUCGCCUCCCGUCCCGAUACCCACCCUUGCCCCCCGCACCCCGCCUCCUACACCUGCGACCCCAAAGUGGCCAAGGCCGGGGGCACGGGGGGUCCCCUGUCUCCGAAGGCCAGCGGCCUGUCCGUGGCCUCCUGCAUCACGGACUGGGAACAGCGGGUCCCCCAGGACAGCAGGCAGCGUAGCCAGUCGCCCCCGUCCAGCAGAGCUCCAGACAGCCUAGACAGGCGCAGAGGCAGGCAGUGGCAGCUCCAGCACCAGCGUGACUGGGAGGUGCCGCAGCAGCCAGACCAUGUAGGCGUAGAGGAGGUGGCAGGACCCAGGGACGAGAAGCUGAAGCAGCUCAAGGCCAUCGUCACCGAGUCUCGUCCUGAGAAUCCCCCAGCACGCCCAGAGAAACCGCAGCGUCCCUCGCGGGAGAAGGAGGGACCGCCAAGGGCCGGGCCUCCCGUCCCUGUCUUCACUCUCCCCCCCAGCCUUGCCCCCCCCAUACCUCCUACACCCACGACCCCAAAGUGGCCAAGGCGAGGGGCACGGGGUCCCCUGUCUCCGAAGGCCAGCGGCCUGUCCGUGGCCUCCUGCAUCACGGACUGGGAACAGCGGGUCCCCCAGGACAGCAGGCAGCGUAGCCAGUCGCCCCCGUCCAGCAGAGCUCCAGACAGCCUAGACAGGCGCAGAGGCAGGCAGUGGCAGCUCCAGCACCAGCGUGACUGGGAGGUGCCGCAGCAGCCAGACCUUGUAGGCGUAGAGGAGGUGGCAGGACCCAGGACGGGUGCCCCAGUGCGCCCCCACCACCGGCGGUCCCACUCGGCAGGAAAUGAGCGCUGGGUGGACCACAAGCCCGUCACCAACGUGGAGCUGGACACAGUGAUGCAGCCCAACCUGCCCAACUCCAUCAAGGUGUCCACCCCCAGUGAGAAGGCCCUGUCCAAGGCCGACAAGUACGUGCUCACGCACCAGGAGGUGGCCUCCGACGGAGAGAUCCAGACCAAACUCAUCAAGGGGGAGGUGUUCAAGACCAGAAGUGGUGGUCAGGCUGUGCAGUUCACGGACAUCGAGACUCUGAAGCAGGAGAAUCCCACAGCACCCAGCCGCAAGAGGCGGUCUUCUGAAAACCAACCACCCCAGGGAGAUGGGAACAUGCAGGGCGGCUGGACCGAACGAACCGGGAGAACAGGUGCUCUGUGGCUGUGGAGAUGAGGGCUGGAUCCAACCUGGGACCUGGCUAUCAGCACCACGGAUACCAGAAGCGGAGAAAGCCCUAGAGGAGCUGCUCAGAUUCUGCACAUCAACAUGUUUUUUCUGCCCUGGAACCUCACGCUGUUUGUGUGCAAUAGCAGAUUCACUUUAUACUAUUUAUCUUUUUAAAAUCUGUAUAUAGUCAAUUCACCAAAGUCUGUGCAUUUUAUAUUGUAGUGUUGCCUGGUAGAGUGCUCAGUUCAUGUAUCAUGAUGGCAGGGAAAAAUGAAUGAAAUGUUGUAGUACUAGUUGUUCACACGUAUAUUGCAGACUGUUAUUCUAAGAGGCACUAUAGCAUUCUAGUUCAGUGCAUAACUACUUUGUACUGCCAUUGGACCAGUUCAAGAAUCUUCUUCAAAUGCAGGUGGAUUUAUAUUCUUUUGCCCUUUUAAACGGGCUGAACUUUUCACUUUAGCAUUUUGUACUUUUUUCUAUGUGGCGCAAUUUUAUAUAAAUUUGUUGGGGAAAAAAAAUACUGCGCUGUAAGUCUUCCUCUGUACCCUUCGAUGUUAAUAAAUUCCCUAUGCAGACAUGGA